AUUCACACUGUAUAUGGUCGUCAUUUUCUCUGCCCAUUCAGCAGAUUGCCGAGGCAUUCUACGUUCUGAUUUUCAGUUUACUAUCGCUGAUUCCCUGCAGCUCGGACAGGUUUUUUUUUCUGAAGAAGAGUUGUUAGGUUCAUUCUUAAAAGGUUCUGUUAAUUUUCAACAAAUGGCUCAUGAAAACCAGCAUUCGCCAACUUUUAGGCAACGAUUUCGUCAGGCUACAUUAGAAGAAAGAUUUACUGGGAGGUUUUGCUCUGAUGUUGUUUGGGCUAGUUCUUCUACUGUUCUGUCCAAAACUGUUUUUGACAUAGCUGAGCGUCGUUUCACGGAAAAGGAACUUGAGAGGAUGAAGCUUCCACCAAAUCCAGAUGAGAUUGUAAAGAGCAAGAGCACGAAAGAACGUUUAUCUUGUAGAAUUAAGAAUUUGAGAGUAAAUACAGUUAAUGUCAUCCGCUACGUCCCCACUCCGACCCUUAACUUUGCAUUCAAAGACUACUUUAGGAGGUAUUUCAACUUUAAGAAAGACCGUGAUGGUUACUUGAAGUGGUCCGCUGGUAACUUUGUCUCUGGCAGUGCUGCUGGUGCUUCCUCCCUACUGUUAUUGUACUCUUUUGAUCAUGCAUCGAGUCGAUUAGCAAAUGAUGAGGCUAAGAAGGUGGGAGAGAGGCAAUUCAGUCGUUUAACAGAUGUAUACAGAAAAACUCUUGCAUCAGAUGGUUUUGUUGGUCUAUAUCGUGGAUUCAAGAUUUCAUGUGUCAAUGUCAUUGUCUACCGUGGUCUGUAUUUUGGGAUGUAUGACUCUUUGAAGCCGGUUGUUCUAACAGGAUCAUGGCGGGAUAGCUUCUAUGCAACAUUUGCUCUUGCAUUAGUCACUACGAGUGGUGCUACUCUUGCAUCAUACCCCAUUGACACAGUCCGUAGAAGAAUGAUGAUGACAUCAAGUGAAGUUGUCAAGUACAAGAGCUCUCUUGAUGCGUUUACUCAAAUCCUGAAGAAUGAGGGUGUCAAAUCGCUAUUCAAGGGUUUUACUACACCCAUUCUACCUGUGGCGACUGCUACUACUGUCCUAGUUUUUUACGAUAGACUUCAGAAGCCAUUUCUUGAUGCUUUAAGAAUGAAGAGAUUGAGAGAUGAAAGUGAACACGUGGCUGUUUAGAAUGUGAAGAAAUGGAGCAUGUGCGGUUGAUAGAGGUAGUUGAAAAGACCAUUAAUUAGGUUCUUGGACUCUAACGCUGAAAAUGUAUGAGAUCUAUGUUUGUUAGUUCUGUUGUUAAAACUUAAUUAAAACUGUUUGACAAAGUAGGAUUUGUAGAUCAUGU